ACCCGGUUUCUUAAAGACACAAGAAUAUCCAAAUGGACUAGAACUUGAUAUAUUUUAUCCGCAAUAUGGCUUCGCAAUCGUAGUACAAGGCAUACAACACGAAAAAUAUCACGAAUUCUUUCACGGAGGGGAUCCCAAUAGUUUUAUCAAACAGCAAGCACGGGAUCAACUCAAGAAAAAAUUAUGUGAAGAAAACUGGAUUGCUUUAAG